AUGUGGCGGCCGCUGGCCGCGCUCGCCGCCCGCGGGGCCAGCGGAGCCCGCGGCGGGGCCAGCACCAGCCCCGGGGCCUGCUCCGCCGCCGGGCCGCCCGCGGGGCACCGGCCGCUGCUGCUCCUGCUGUCGCUGCUCGCCCGCCACGGCGGCUGCGGGAGGGCUCUGCGGGCCUCGGGACACCGGGACUUCGCCACCGGCACCGGGAGAGUUGAUGUGAACGUUGCUGUGUUGUUUUUGGCCAGGUCGGCGCAGGAGCUGCAGCAGCUGGAGAGCCCCGGGCAGGCGCGGGAGCAGGAGCGGCCCUGGGAGCUGAUGAUGGAGCGCCCGCACUUCCGGCUCUGGCGCCGCCCCAUCCCGGGGUCACCCCUCUACCAGUACCGAGUUUUCGGUUCCUACACUGACGUCACUCCCAGGCAAUUCUUCAACGUCCAGGUGAGCAGAAUUCCCAGAAAUUCCUGGAAAUUCCUUGGGAAUUCCUGGAAUUUUUGGCCCCUUCUGGAGCUGGGCUGGGAAUCGGGAUCUGGGAUCUGGGUCACACGCUUCCCAUACCCGAUGUAUUCCCGGGAUUACGUUUACGUUCGGCGCUACAGCGUCGACAGCGACCACAACCUCAUGGUGCUCGUGUCACGGGCCGUGGAGCACCCCGGGAUUCCCGAGGACCCCGAGCACGUGCGGGUGCGGAGCUACGAGUCCCACAUGGUGAUCCGGCCCCACCGCGGCUUCGACGAGAACGGCUUUGAUUACCUGCUGACGUACAGUGACAACCCCCAGACCGUGUUCCCCCGGUACUGCCUCAGCUGGAUGGUGUCCAGCGGAAUGCCGGAGUUCCUGGACAAGCUGCACUCGGCGGCGCUGAAGGCCAAGAAAAUGGAGCUGGAGCUGCGCGAUUACCUGAGCCCGGCCAAGGGCCCCGAGCCCUGCGGGGCCGCGCGCCUGGAAUACGCCUGA